AUGGCAACUGGUGUGUAUUCGUUCCCGUUGCUCAAGCCGCGCGAGAUCUUUGCGUGUCUAAGGGAAAUGCGCGUACAUGUGUCCGAAGAAGACAUUCGCGCUUGUGAUGCUGGUGCUGUGCGUACAGUACUAGAAGCUUUUAUUGAAACAACUAUGGGUGUCACACGUGAGGACAUGGCACAAAUUGCGUUCCCAGGUCUAUCGACCUUGAGCUUCCCCGAGAUCCACGCCGAGUCAAUUCCCGAGCUUGUGUUCUACCGCAAAGCGCAGCAGUUACUGGCAGCCUGUGGCGUCGACGAUUUUGGGCUGCGUGAUGUGCUGCACCCGACGCCUAAGCGCGUCCGACGGCAGCUCAGCGCUCUUAUUAACUUUGCCAAGUUCCGCGAGGAGCGACUGGCGGCCUUUAGUGAUAUUACGGGACACACGGACGAGAUGUUGGAGAAAACAAAGGUGCUGCGUGAAGAGAACGCGGUGUUGAAACGAGAACUGGAUCAAUUACUGGAAGAACAGAAGGCCGAAGAGCCUGCACGACUGCAACUGCAGAUGGAAGUGACGGAUCUACAGAAGGAGAUCAAUUUUCUUAAUCGACAACAAGCAGUGAUGCAUCAUGAGAAGGACGAGAAGCGUGAUAAACGCAAAGAAAUGGAAGACCUUGUAGCAUCUGCGAGGUUCAACAAGAUUGAAGCAGAGACGGAAAUUGAACGGCUAAAGGCGCAGAUUGUUACGUCGCCUGACCGUGUUAAAGGAGAACUUGCGUCCAUUGCAGAAACAGUGGAGAAGGCCAAGGAUGAUGUCCAUGUGCUGGAAGAGAAACGCAGCGCGGUGCUGAUAUUCAUUGACGUGUACGAAAAAGCAGAGAAGGAACUGGCAAGGACAUUUACAGUGUUGGACGAGAUCAAGCAGGAGAUGAAGGCUUGCAAACAAGUGAAACAACAGGUUAAGGCCGCCCGCACACGUAUUCGUGAGCUUAAAGUCCUUACGAUGGAGACACAUACUCGUCGACAGCGGCUAGAGAAGAUUGUCGAGCUGAAAAGACGAGAUCUAUGGAAGUUUAUCGAGGAAGCACGGAUGGCGGAAGAAGCUGCGACAAAAGCACUUCAAAUUGCUCGCGAAAAGCUUAAGAAGCUCGAGUCGGUACAUUUCGAAGUCCGCCAGCGCAUUAUCCAAAACACUGAUGCCAGCCGCAAGGUCGAGCUCAAGAUGAGGGAAGAGGAAGCUCAGUAUGAGAAAGAGCUGAAGAACCUGGAGCAAAUGUACGCUCGUCUUCAGCAAGCCGCAGAAUACUACAACCAGCAGGUGCUUAAGGCAAUUCAGUCAAGUUCCUAA